GGAGAGGAUGUGAGUGCGUGCAGGUCUGUGCAGUUCAUCUAAGCUUUGAGUUGUUAUGUACUUGGUGAACAGUGGCAAGCUUGGCAGUGAGCUUUGUGUUGAGCGGUUUUCUGGCGAUCAGCGGAUUUCGGAAAAGUUGUAUUCGCUCGCAACGGAAGGUGUUCGUGGCGUUCGUUACUCAUUAUAUAAACCAAUUAAAAGCGCAUUAGCGAAGCUCAGGCGUCGUUAUCGCUUCCAGGAGAGUGAAAGAGCGAACAAUAGUGCUAGCCGUCCCGCUCUGGCUGAUACCUGCGAUCGGGUCGUUAUAUAUCGAUCUUGGCUUCGCUGUGCCUUCGCAUUUGGCGGUUUUUUUUAAAUUUCCUCAGUUUUCGGUACAUACGCGCGCCGCGGGUAAUCAGUUGUAAAUAGGCCCCCUGCAUAUGUACAUAGUGCGAUAGGAGCAAGCGGCCGUCCCCGGACAGAUCGCGUGGAAGCCGCUUUAUUUACGAGAUCAACGGACGCGGGUGCAGCUCGCAGUGAACUGUUUGAUUUCACCCGUGGAUUAGCAAAGUGGAAGUUGGUUGGUGAAUUUAUUUUUGGGUUCGGAGAAUUUUUGGAAUAUUAGAAAGUGGCAGAUGCUGCCGUAAGUGGAAAAGUGCAACGUUUGCUGCUAAUCGGAGCGAUCUUGAGUUUCCUGUGCGUUGGGGAAACGACUUACUGAACUAUGAAUUAGUGAGUUCGCCUGAAAUUUUGUGGUUAUUCAGUGCAAAUUGGAGGGACUCCCCUGCAUUCACCAGGAUGUGCCCAAUAAUGGAUAGUAUUCCGAAUUGUCCUUAUCCCAACCACUGUGGAUUAGGUUGUCGCUAGGAUUUAAUUCGGAGUACAAAAGCGGAACUUCCGCAGAAGGAUUUACAUUUCUAUAGAUUCCUCUCAAAUAAUGCCACCGUUACCGGGCGUUUUGGCAAUGCUUUCGCCGUCGCAGUCCGUAUCAAAGUCGUUUAGUUCGGCCGUAGCCUCAUCGAGUGGGCCAAGUUAUACUGCGGAAAUGUCUGCCGCAAGAACUGAUCUCGUAGCAACGAAUAGAUUGAGUAAUGACAAUAAAGUCAAUCAGACGUCGCCUAUUGCAUUAGCAAUGACGACCUCGACAUUGCCUUCCAGCAGUACUGCCAGCAUGAUGCCAUCAAAAAGUAAUACUGCCAAUUCUAGCAAUUUAAAUAGUGCGGCUACCCCCACUGGGGGCAGCAUUACAAACGAAAGUUCUAGCAGCUGUAGUGAAUCCCACUCAACAUCUGUUUCGGACAAUUCGAAAGCCAGUUCAAGUAGCGAUAGUAGUAGUGAUAGUAAGUCUAGCUGUAAUAGUGAUAGCACUAAGGCAAAAGAAAAUGAAAACGGCAGUUCUGCGAACAAUGAGACCUGUGAUACUAAGGAUAAUGAAAACGCGCUAGUGGAAUCGUCCGGCACCAAUUCCGCGGAUGCUGAUUCGGACCUUAGUUCUUCGAGUAUGUUCGGCCGGCCGCGACAGAUUUUACUCAAGAAUGUUAACGCGCAUAUUACGUGUAGCCUGUGUACAGGAUAUUUAAUUGAUGCAACUACAAUUGUUGAAUGUUUGCAUUCAUUUUGCCACAGUUGCAUCAUGAAUUAUUUAAGGAAGGAUCAAUACUGUCCUCGUUGCGAAAUGAUGAUUAAUACAACAAAACAUAACAAUAUCAAAUUAGAUACAACACUCCAGGCCAUAGUUUAUAAACUUGUUCCGGGACUUUAUGAGAAAGAGUUACUGAGGAAACGGGCUUUCUACUCAACUCGUCCGGAAGAAGCUAAACUUGCGACCCCCGAGCAGAGGGGUGACGAUACAGAGCACUUGAUCUUCGGUCCUACUGACAACAUGUCGCUUUCGCUGGAGUAUGCUGACAUUGAAGAACUUGCUGACGAAGAUGCUUCAGACCUUCGCAAGCCGAAAUAUUUACAGUGCCCUGCCAACUUCACUGUAGCUCACCUGAAAAAGUUUGUGUUCGGAAAAUACGGUAUUGAUCAAUCUCGCUUCACCAUGGAUAUCAUGUACAAAGUUAAAACAAUCGUUUUGGCCGACCAUUACAAAAUGAUGGACGUGGCCUACAUUUACACCUGGAAGCGCGACGCUCCCAUGAAAUUCUUCUUCCGUGUCAAAGAAUUGGAGAAUCCGCCUAGGAAGAAGAAAUGUCCGAAAAUAUUGCCUAAAGCAAUCAAAGAAAACUGCUUGGAGAGUAAAGAAACCGACAAUAAACAAUCCUCUUCUGUCGAAGUCGAAGGAAUCAAGGAUGAGAAAGAGAUCAAAGUCGAGAUCAAAGAGGAACAAGUUAUUCAGGACACGAUUGAAAGUGAAAUGGAUAUCGAUAUUCCCACUAUCGUUCCAAAUUCAAGUGAAGCGGGAUCACUACUGGGCGACUGUAUGGUAGCAGUUCCCAUUGCAGUUAAAACACCUCCUUCAACAUCUCCAGAAAAACCUGAGAUAAAACGCGAGGAAGAUAUAUUCAAAGAAGAAUCAAAUCAUGUGCCGCCAGUAUCGCAGUUUACUCCAGAAAGUAAGGUCGGAGCUGCUGAACAGACAUUUUCCCCGAAAAAUAAUUCAGACAAAACAAAUACCGAUCAUCGGCCGGAAAAACUCAAAAUCACUCUAGUUAACAAAGGAAAGAACUCAGGGAAAGAGGACGACGCUCCGAAAGGCAAGUCAAGUUUGAAAAAUAAAUCAUCAAAGCAUUCCCCUCCUGAAUUAGAGGACCGCAAAGUUGAGAAUAUUAAACUGAAAAUUGAUCUUUCUAAGCAAGGUAGUGUGACAAUAAUCAAUAUGUCAAGCCCAGAUUCUGGCAAAAAGGAGGUUGUAAAGCCAUUGAAGCCUGAGAAGGAGUGGAAAAUUAAAAUCAAGAAGGAUAAGGAUAAACAAACCAAUGGUACAAGUGAUAAAAAUAAAUCUUCACCUCACGAAAAGACUGUUCCGCCAAUCACCAUUGAAUUGGGAAAAUCAGAUUCACGUAACUCCGGUGCCAGUUAUUCAUCAAAAUUCGAAAAUGAUGAAGAUAAAAAGAAAUCCGAGUUUCUGAAUUCCAUUGAUCUCACUCCUAUAAAAUCAAUUACUUCUCCCAACAAAGCUGAUAAACAUAAGUCGACAGUCGGUAAAUCAUUGAGCAAUUCGUUGACGCCCAGCUUUUCUUUGAAGAAACCUCUGAUGCCACCGCCACCCCCACCGCCUGCCCCCAAAACUUCUUCGGCUUCAAAGCGUAAAAGCAAGGAACCUGUGAAAGCAAUUGUCAAGAAGCCAAGACUAGAUUCACCAGCUUUUAAAUUGCCACCGCAGCCUCAAAUAAAAGUCCGUUCAAAUCUUUUAGAGCCAAAAAAGAGUCCACCUGGAAUUACUUUCAAACUUGCCCCCUUUCCAUUUGGUGCAAAUAGUGAAGUCGCAAAGCAUCUAGAAACUUCCACAACGUCUACUCUAGUUGCUCCACUCGCACCGAAAUCAGAAUCAGAUACAGAGCGGAAAUUGGAGGAUGAAAAGCUAAUGCCUGCUCCACCGCCGCUUAAAAUGCUGGACGUUUUUAAGAGAAAUGGUAUGAAGCCCACCAAAAGUACGGCAAAAUCAAAAAUAGCCCCGACUAAGCCAGGAAAAACCACCAGCAGCGAUGGUUUCUUACGUCCAAUCGUCACUACGAGCAUGGCUCAAAAUUCUAGAGUUCCUAUUGUUUCAAACAUUAUGGGUAAUCGUACACCAAUUGCACGUCGCUAUGCUCCUAUUUUACCUAAAUCAGGUCGAACCAAUCCCUUUGCUAAUCUCCCAAGUGACGUAGGUUUCCUUCCAAAUAAUUCGACCGAAAUCAAGCCGAUACAAAAUGGAGAAAAUAAGGAAAUCAAAGUUUAUGGUCCACCAGCUGCGACAACUUCAAGUCCUGCUCAGAAGCCGACGGUUUCAAUUGCCACCUCAGUUUCGUCUAUGAAUCAAAGGCCAACAUCAAAGUCAUCUGCAAGUGGCAACUACUUGAACUACGCUCUAUUUAAUUCUACAAAAUCUAAAAUGGGAGAAGUUCCGCUGGGUUGUCGUACACCAAUCUAUACCCCGAAUUCACCUAUCUACUCACCGAACUCGCCACAGUAUAUGCCUAACUAUAACAUCCCAUCGCAGCCUGUAUAUAAAUAUACGAAAACCCAAUCAAGCGCCACCAAUUACUUGCAGAACAUUCUGGGAACGAACAAACAGCUAUCGAGCCUCUUCCCAGCUCCGCCAGUCAAAAAAUCUUCUGAUCAAGCAUCCAGUAAAACUGAGGGCAGUGAAAAAGCAUUGAAGCGGAAUAAAACCCCACCGAUCGUCGGCAAGAUGUCUCCUGAGCCGUCGGACAAGCAGACUCCGGUACAGUCACUUCUGAACUCCUGUAAUAUUAAUAUUCCGUCAUCACUUUCGAUUACAAUUAGAAACGAAGAUGAUGAUGCAGAUUCCACUAAAUCGUCCAACAUGAAACACUCGAACCCCGUCAAUAACUACAUCGAAAUUUUGAAACUACCAGAUACGCCCCUAGUAACCAACGAUGCGCCGAAAAUUGCUUCGCCCAACCAUUCUGACGUAAAGACGAUGAUGCAGCCAAAGUCGCCAACUAGCUUGAAACUUCCUGGGGUCACGAUUAAUCCUUCAAAAGUAAGUCCACCUGCCAUGAGCGCAUCACCCACGGUAAAGCCUGGCGUUAGUAGUCCUAAUUCUGCUCCCAAGGCAAAAUCGCCCGCAUCUUUUGAUAGUGACAAAAGAAGCUCGCCUUCUUCAGUGCCUCAUAAAAACGCGAAAAAGACUCCCAGCCCUGAGAAAAAGACAAACGAGAAAUCUUCAAGAAAAGCUGAAAAACGGCCUGCUUCUGAUCUUGCGAAGUCGCCAAAGGAGAAAUAUGAAAUUUCCUCAUCUGCUUUGAAGAAGUUUCGUCCAAUUUUGCCCAGAUCAAAGACGCCACCGGUUCCCGGAGUUGGUCCGGUCACGUCAUUAACACCAUUACCUACAAAAAUGGUCCCAAAAUUGAGCACAUCCAAAUCGGGGGCAAUUAAAAGUAAGAAAGGUUCUCCGAAGACAGCAAAUCAAGUGAAAUCACAACAAAACUCCGGUGCUAAGACACCCGACUCAUUUGUCGACUUGACAAAUCAAAGAAAGACUGCUACUCCCCCCGGUUCAUUAUCUCUUAUCACUAAUCCGCCAGCUGCUCAACCAGGCAACCUCCCUCCUGAGUUGACUGCAUUUUUGGCGCAGCAGCGUCAGCUUCAACAGCAGCAACAACAACAAGGGCCUUUCUCUCCUAUUGGGGCCACGAAUGCUGCCAAUUUUCUGCCGCAUCUUGCUUCCUUUCAUCCAGCUACAAAUCUGAACAUGCAACGCGCCUAUCUAAUGGAACAUUUGGCGCGUAUGCAGAAAGCAGGGGUAGAAGCGCUCGAGAAGUACAUGCAGCAGCAAAAGAACAACAAUACGAAUUGCGUGAAAAGUCCAAGCACUAGUCCCGGGAAUAAUGGCACAGGUGCCGUGAGUACUUCGUCACCAAACAACGUGAAAAAUUCUACGUAGACGUAGGUUCAUAUUGGGGCAAAAGAACGAGAAAAGCAAGUGUGAUAAAUGUUGUUGGCAGGGAAAAUUAUAGUUUUGAAAAAGAGGUCUCCGAGUGCAGAGCGCCAGUAUGUUUUUAGCCUUUUCCGACUAGUUCAAAGUGACCAUAGCAUGUUAUUGGCCCAGUUGAAUGUCUGUUGCGUAGUUUCUCCAAGUGUAAUAUGUACGAUAAAUGCGCAUAACUAUAAACUUAAUCUCUAAUCAAAUAAUAUUUAAGUUCCACAAGCAAUAGACUGUACGAUUUGGUUAAAUCCUCUAAAACGAAUUUCAAUUCCCUCACAUUGUGAUGACUCAAGAAAUUGUCACGAAAGUUUUCCAAAAAGAAAUUUAUAUAUUUGAAAGUCGAACCAUUGUAUGGAAAACUAUAAAAUGGGUUGGAAUUAUUCCCUCGUUUUUCCUUGAAAUGUUCCUUUCAAUCGUUGGGACAAAUCCAACCCGCUGCGCAUGUGACGGCAUGAAAUUAAAUCCAUUACCAUAUUGUUUUCGUUUUAUUUUCCUCCUCAAACUUGUUUGGAAUUUAUAUAUCUGAAUUAAUACCAGCCGAAUUUGUGUACAUAAUAUUGUAUUAAUUUAUUACGUUAUAUUGGUUUCCAUUGAUAGUUAUAUAGAAUAGAAUGCAUAUUCACCCAUUGUGUCGUUACUGUUAUCUUUGAUGUAUCUUUUUCUUCUUGCGAAUAUGCAACGCUGUCUCCACAGUCGCUAAUGAUUCCAUUGUAAUUUCACUCACGUUUACGCCUAGAAGUUGUUAAGUAAUUUUAUAUCUGUAAAUUCUGAGAUUAUUUUUAAUAUUACCAGUAAAGCAAGACUAGUGUUUACCUAGGCCAUAAUAUAUGCAUUAUUAAUUUUACAGUAACUUUAUUAAAUACAUAUGUAUACACACAUGUAAUCUAGUAACUAUAAAUAGUUACGAUGGAGUAUCUCUAAUGUACAUAAUCAUAUGCUAUUCGUCGAAUAAAAUUUAAUUUUUAUACGAAUGAA